UUGGUUCUUCACGGAGUAGGUGAUAUAAGGUGCUGUGCGCGAUCUGGUGUGUCAUCCGUACAAAUUUUCUUUUCUCUCUUUCCCAGUCUUUCUAAAAUAUCGUUGGAAAAUGUCAGCGUGGAGGCAAGCAGGAUUAAACUAUAUCAACUAUUCUCAGAUCGCAGCUAGGUUAGUUAGGCAAGCCUUGAAAGCUGAUUUGAGGGUAGAAGCACUUAAACGCGAUGAAGCAAAUGUGAGGUUCACUCAGUGGAAAGAUGGAAAACCUAUCACUGAAAAGAUGUGAUCAUAUUAAUUAAAAAUGCCUAGAUGAUUAUAUCACAGAUGGACUCGGAACUCAUCCAAUAUGUACACGUUUACAGCCGUAUAUGAGCGAUGUGUAACGAUAGAAUAAAAAUGUUCGUUAUA